AUUUGGUACAAAUACGACCCUAGGGUCCUCCUGACAUCACUUCUGUUCUUGUACUUCUGUACCAUCUACCACCCUCCACAUCCUCGCCAUGGCUUUCCACAAGGUAGUUGUCCUGUUUGCGCUGGCCGCCCUCAGUCAAGCCCAGCUCGUGCCCCUAGCCUCGGUCAAGGGCACCGACGCCGAGUACGACCCCAACCCCCAGUACCAGUUCGCCUACAGUGUACAAGACCCCAUCACCGGAGACGCCAAGGCCCAGGAGGAGAGUCGUGACGGUGACUUUGUCAAGGGAUCCUACAGCCUGGUCGAGCCUGAUGGUAACGUCCGCACCGUCCAGUACACCGCCGACCCCGUCAACGGCUUCAACGCCGUCGUCAGCCGCGCCGUAGGUGCCGCCCCAGCUCCAGUAGCCGCCCCUGUGUACAAGGCAGCUCCUGCUCCUAUUGCCACCCCCAUCUACAAAGCCGCGCCCGCCCCCAUUGCCACCCCCGUCUACAAGGCAGCUCCCGCCCCCAUUGCGUCCCCCGUCUACAAGCCAGCCUACUACUCACCUUCUGCCUACUCUUACCAGCCCUACAGAUACUCUGGCUACCCUUACACGUCCUAUCCUUACUCCGCCUACCCUUACUCUGGCUACCCUUACUCUACUUACCCCUACGCUUACUAAACAUUGUUGUCUAUACUGUAUAAAUCUUGUAUUCUUCAAAUAAACCUUCUUUCUUUUAAA